AUGAAAGGCCUUCAGGGAAAAUGCCCCACACCCGGGCCCAGCCCCUUCCCGUACAUAAGCUUUCAGUACUGGAAGCAUGUUUUCCUAAACGGAACAGCCCCUGAAUCCUUAAUUCCUUGCUCCAGUGAUCUUAUGCUAGUCCAGGAGCAGCGGUUGGAGGAAAAUGCUCCGAUCGCGGUCGGCGAGAGGCGCAGCAGCUCAAGCUCAGCGCUGGAAGAGCACCAAAGUGUGCCCAUGGCUCCCAGAGGCUCUGUCUUACUCUUCGAGCAGGACCCAGCCCCGGCGCGCGAAGCAGCGCUGCCGGCAGCUUCUGCCCAUCGGGAGAUCCACAUCUCCGAGGGGGAGACGCAAGCAGCCUCGCACUCAGCCAUGCCGGUCGAAAAGGGAUCUGCUCUGGUCGGG